ACCCUCCAUCCCACUUGUUAACAGUUCGGAUCUAGGACGGAAGAACACCAGUUUUUCCAUACCUACGGGUUUAUCGCUUCACCUGAAUAAAAUAAUGAUAACUGUCCAGUGUGGUGGCUACUGAUAAUGUGCGCCCGUUAUUGUUCACGUGUUGUUGUUCACUGAGACGGUCGCUGGAAGUGUUCGCUUCCUGUAUUCUGAUAAUUUAGUGAUCGUGAGUCACGAAAAAUCAUACAUUUUAUGUGUUUAUUUAAGUGUGUGAAGCUAAUAAGGAAUUUUAUAUUAAAAUGACGCAUAAGAGUCUUUGUCACAGGUGUAAUUAUGGCUGAGCCAGUGGAGGAUGACAUAAGCUUACUGGGAACGCGAGAAACAACAGAAUAUAUUUCACCUAGCUCUGACUGCCAAGUGCCCAGCACUGAAUACCACACAACUGGUGCAGACUACCAAGUGCCUGAGUAUCUCCCAGCUGGGGCACUCAGAGCACCAGUCGUCCCUUCUCAGCCAAGGCAGGAGCGAAAACACUCCUCAGGACGUGUGUUGCCUGGCAGUGGGUCAGACCGGGUCACCCCAUUUUCGUCCAGCAGUCCUGCAACCAGUCCACGAACUCCAGAGCGAAGUCCUAACUACAACAUAGACGCUUCAGGCUCCACAUAUGCCCUACAGGUUGCUCUUAGAAACAUGAAGGAGCGAUACCACAAACUGCAGAAGAAAAUGGCACUCAUAGAAGAUGAUAACCAGAGACUUAUUAGUGGAAAGUCUGAACUAUUUGGAGAAAUUGGGAAAUUACAGGAAAACAGUAUUAAACUUAGAGAAAAAAACUUGCAGUUGAAUCAGGAGAUCCAUACAAAACAUCAAGAAUGUUGUUCUCUCAAGGAGAAGUUCUCUUCAUUAUCAACAGAAAACAUGAAUCUCACGAGACAGUUGGCCAAAACUUCUCAAGAAAAUAGAAGACUAGUGAAACAAGUUAAUCACCUAAAUGAUGAGAACAAAAGAUUGAGAGAGAAGCUGAGCCUCAUAACCACACAAGUUAAAGCAUUGCCUGGAGGAGCUGGUUUGGCAGUGUCUGCAGCAGAUGUGCCAGUACCUCUGAAAACGAAGAUUGUUCCUCUCUCAGAAGAACUUGAUAGCUUUGAUGAUCCUCCAUCUAGAUUUAUAUCAUCGUAUAAAGAUACUCUAGAUGAAUUUGAGCAGAUAAGUAGUAAUGAGCUGGCUGGUACAGACUCAACCUGGAGUGUAUCAGACAUUGAAGAUGAGCAGCUAGUGGUGUCGUUACAGUUGGCUACACGACGCAUGAAGGACUUGCUCUCUAGUUUACAAGAACAACAUCACAGUCUGCUGUUGCUCUCUCCCCUUUUAAAUUCUCUGCCACCUUGUAGCUCUCAAAUAGUGUGUUCUCAGUGUGACACCAACUUUGAGCAUAGUCAUCGUACCUUGUCAAAAGAUGGAACUCUGAGUCAGCGAGACCGUGAUUUGUCUACAGUGACAAUUACUCCUUCCACUCAGUUUGAGGAGGGAACAAAAUAUGAAGUAGUUGAUGAUGAUGGUGCUUGUCAAAGUCGAUUAGCAACAUGUGGAUCAGUUCUCAACACCAACUUCACAUCUGCAGGAAUGAAUACAAGCCCAUUGAUGGAUGACAUCAAUGGUGAGAGUAAUAUCCACAUGGAUGCCAAUAAUUCUGCAGAGGAUCGACCACAUAGUCCGUUUGAUUGGAGACAAGUUCAGAUGAGUGAUGACGAAGGGCGUGAGAAUGACUUGACAAGACCAUACACACGAACAGUGAGCACCUCACCAGAUCCAGUGCUGGAAGAUGAGGAAGAGCGCAUCUGCCCAAUGUGCAAUGCAGUGUUUCCUCAAGUUAUUCCUCAGGAGUCAUUUGAAUCUCAUGUUGUAAGCCAUUUUGAAAUUGAGAAUGGCUUUGAGGUUAUUGCAUAAUUGAAGCCAGUUUCAUGUGUUGGUAUAAAGAAAAUUUUUGGUCACAGAUGCAGAAUGUGUUAUCAGUGAAUAAUGCAUAUUGCAUUUUUACAGGGCUGUGAUUAUUGAAAUACUCUAAGACGGUACUGAAUUACAUUCUUAGUAUUGAACACUUAAACACCUGUAAUGUUUCUUCAUUUAUGUAAUGCAAGUAUAUAUAAUGCAGUUUGUUUAACCAGACUAUUAAAUUCCAAGUGACCUUGAACUAACAAAAGAAUGCUUUGAAAAGGUACCUAAAUUUUAAAUUAGAAACUUUAACGUUUAUAGUUUAGAAUGUACAGUAGAAAUUAUAUUAAUUUCCAUUAACAUCAGAAACGGAAGAUGAUUACUGUUUAAGCUUUUUAAUAGUAUCCAAAGAAAAAUUAUAUUAAUUAUAGUGAUGUAGAAUUAUUCAGAGUAUAAAACAUUUUCAGCAUAUCACCACCCUGAUACCUUCAAAAGGAGUCUGUAGGUGUUGAUGCUUUCUAAUUAUUUACUGCACUUCUCAUUUAAAUACUUUGUGCAGGAUAAUCUUUCACUUCAUCACCCUCCCUACAUGAGGUGCAGUAAGUGCACUUAGUUUCUGGGUAACUGUAAUGACUCUAUUGAUUCUUAAUUCAUGUUGGGGAAGUCUUCAGAUAAAUUGUAUUACCUGGUAGUUUCUUCUCUUUAUAUUGUAUGUUUAUAUACAAUGUUAAGAGUUUUAAACAAAGUAUUUUUAUGUAUUCUGUUACUGGUAAAUUUUCAUAUACCUAUAUGACAACAUUUUCUUUAAAUGGAAUGUCUUUAAAUAUGCAGCCAAAAAUCAACUACCUGUGAAAUGGUUCUUAUUCCUUUUACAUUUUUACAUUAUAUUUUGCCUCAUAUUUUGAGCCAGAUAAAUUGCCAAUGUAUAUGGUGUACAGCAGUUUAAUUGUUCAGCUAGUUGAUGUUUAUUUUGCUUCAAGUUGUAUAUUUGUAAAUAAUAUUGUUAUUUAUCUUUUAAUCAUUUAAAUAUCUAGACAUAGUUUUAAUAUAGCAUAUUAUAUGGUAUUAAGAUUGGAAAGGAAGAGAGCCAAGAAAAGAACAAAAUAUACAGUGCUACAAAAUGUAAGUUCUGUCUUUGAAACCAAAUAAUUUUUUUAUAUUUACUCCCUUCAAGGGUGUGUGUCUUGCUGCAAUAAAGGGGCUCUUGAUUUGAGAAACUGAACCUCUUCACCCCUUUAUUAAACUGAAUAUAAAUAUCCCCCCCCCCCAACCCUCCUGCCCUUUUUGCCUGAUUAUAGGUAAUAUUUUUCCUUUUGUGAAAUUCAGCUCUUUGAUGGAACAAGGAAGAAUUGCUUUCAGCCCUGUUCUAACACAGCUUCUGUUUGUAGUACUGUAGUGAUUGUCUUCUGACCCGAUGAAAACUGGAUCAUCUUAGGGUGUCAUAUGACUCUCCAAGACACUUGAGUGCCCAUCUGGCAUGGCUUCUGAUGGCAGUUCCCAGCAGUGUAUGACUCCUGUUCACCCAUUACCAUAAGUGCUCUUGCCUAAACAGGCAAUUUUGCUAAGCCUUACUCGACUAAUUCUGGAGGUGCCAUCUUGGUGUUGCACCAUGUAGGGUAAAAGGUGGUUUCCAGGAAAGAACAGCACUAUCUCUUGCUGCAAAGGUGACCGUGGUUAAGGGUGGGUUUGUAAUUUCUUUUCAUUUAUUCUCAGAGCUGGUUUAUUCUCUUGGAUGUCAAGUGAUCAUAACACAUACUACUGACUCUUACACAGCCAUGGAUCUUACUCAGAUCCCCAGCAUCUCUAAUGGGUAAUCACUUGUGUUCUGGGCCCAGUACUGGCAUUCUACUUUUUUCCUGUAGCACCUCGGACCUCAUUACCUUGACCAUGGAACUGACUUCAUCCAUGAUGCAUUGACUUUUCAUGGAUUGUCCACACACCAAGGGACUGAGUGGCUUGAAGCCAUCUGCCAAGUGACAAUAAAAGACAAAUGAUGAGACUGGUAUAGCACACACCUUGGUUGUAAACUAAGAAACUCAUAACCUGGAAAUCUUCUGCUAACAGAAUCUUCCAAACAUGACAAUGAAUAAGAUUUUUUCAUCCAAAUCAUUCUUGAAUGGCCACAUUCUUGCACAAGAACUCAUGACCCACAUCAGCCAAGACAUUUACUUGCACCCUCUAAAAAAGUUGAAUGCACAUUGUCGGAGAUGAUGAUGCUGAUAUAGUUGAAACUAGUGCAUCCCCACAUCAAUCUGUGCAUGGAACUGUUGUUAUCACUCACAUGGUUAUACAACAAAACUUCACCAACUGUACUUAGGAUGCAAAAAUAAUUAGAAUUACAACUCCCAAUCACUGAAUCAAAACUUAUGUCUGCCCUGCUCAUGGAUGAAAAUAACAUCCAACUGAUAUAGCUAAACUGACAUUCAAUGUCUAUGAACUUACCCCCUUCUGUCGGUAUGCAUAUCAGGUCAACACUACAACAGUGCUGCCAGUGUAGUGGUACAGUCAUCCAUCAAAACAUUGCAGGCCACAGGAAGAAUGUCCGAUCUGUGGGGAAAUAAAUCAUAAUUACCCAAACUGUGACUGCCCCCUUCCUACCUUAAGUGCAAAGAAAUAUAUCCCUCAUAUUCCUGCCACUGCCUCAUUUUCUUUCAGGAAAGCCAAAUACAGUGUUGGAAAGAAAAAGGUCAUUCCAAUUUCUUUUUCUCCGUUUAUUGUUACAACCUGCUUACUUUUAGCCAUAGCUCCAAUGAAUAAAAGAUAUGUACACACAGUACAUUGUCCACUAACCCUUUCAGGGUCGAGCGGCCCUCUCCUGAGCUUGUUCUCAGGGUCGAAAAUUUUUCGGAAAAAAUAAAAAAUUUAUCAUGAAAACCAAACGAUUGCCCAACUCCACCUACAGAGAAUACCUCACAUCUCUUAUUCCAGAGUUCUCUAACACCCCCAUUUCCAAGUAGUGUCCUCCUUUGCACUUAUUUCUAUAUCCAACCUUUACACAGUUCUCACCACUGAUGUUUCAAAUUCUUCACCAUAUGUCACUUUCAUUGCAUUCCAAUCCACACAAUCCUCUCCAGCUAUCUUUUUGACACUUGCUACCCCAUAGACCUCUAAAAUCUUUAAGGUCGAGACCUAGCAACGACACUACCAUUCCUUCAUGAACUACAUUCUUUGACCAACUACCUAAAAUUUUAACUAAUGAUAGAUCUAUCACUUUGUUGAACUGAAAUACAGUAGCUUAUAUAAUUUUAGAACUGUUUUUGCAAUUUAUAUUUCAGUAGUUGUAAUGGAAAAGGUUGCUAGUGGUAAGGGAAUUGUUGGCUUCCCUGCUACAAACAUUCAAGAAAUUGUCUUUUCUCUCUUAUGAAAACAAGUAUUUAAAACUAUAAAAAAAUAUGAUAGAGUGGAUAGAGGAGCAAUGUGGCAGUUGUUGCAAGUAUAUGGAAUAGGUGGUAAGUUAUUAAAUGCUGUAAAGAGUUUUUAUGAGGAUAGUGAGGCUCAGGUUAGGGUGUGUAGAAGAGAGGGAGACUACUUCCCGGUAAAAGUAGGUCUUAGACAGGGAUGUGUAAUGUCACCAUGGUUGUUUAAUAUAUUUAUAGAUGGGGUUGUAAAGGAAGUAAAUGCUAGGGUGUUCGGGAGAGGGGUGGGAUUAAAUUUUGGGGAAUCAAAUUCAAAAUGGGAAUUGACACAGUUACUUUUUGCUGAUGAUACUGUGCUUAUGGGAGAUUCUAAAGAAAAAUUGCAAAGGUUAGUGGAUGAGUUUGGGAAUGUGUGUAAAGGUAGAAAGUUGAAAGUGAACAUAGAAAAGAGUAAGGUGAUGAGGGUGUCAAAUGAUUUAGAUAAAGAAAAAUUGGAUAUCAAAUUGGGGAGGAGGAGUAUGGAAGAAGUGAAUGUUUUCAGAUACUUGGGAGUGGACGUGUCGGCGGAUGGAUUUAUGAAGGAUGAGGUUAAUCAUAGAAUUGAUGAGGGAAAAAAGGUGAGUGGUGCGUUGAGGUAUAUGUGGAGUCAAAAAACGUUAUCUCUGGAGGCAAAGAAGGGAAUGUAUGAAAGUAUAGUAGUACCAACACUCUUAUAUGGGUGUGAAGCUUGGGUGGUAAAUGCAGCAGCGAGAAGACGGUUGGAGGCAGUGGAGAUGUCCUGUUUAAGGGCAAUGUGUGGUGUAAAUAUUAUGCAGAAAAUUCGGAGUGUGGAAAUUAGGAAUAGGUGUGGAGUUAAUAAAAGUAUUAGUCAGAGGGCAGAAGAGGGGUUGUUGAGGUGGUUUGGUCAUUUAGAGAGAAUGGAUCAAAGUAGAAUGACAUGGAAAGCAUAUAAAUUUAUAGCGGAAGGAAGGCGGGGUAGGGGUCGUCCUCGAAAGGGUUGGAGAGAGGGGGUAAAGGAGGUUUUGUGGGCAAGGGGCUUGGACUUCCAGCAAACGUGCGUGAGCGUGUUAGAUAGGAGUGAAUGGAGACGUAUGGUACUUGGGACCUGACGAUCUGUUGGAGUGUGAGCAGGGUAAUAUUUAGUGAAGGGAUUCAGGGAAACCGGUUAUUUUCAUAUAGUCGGACUUGAGUCCUGGAAAUGGGAAGUACAAUGCCUGCACUUUAAAGGAGGGGUUUGGGAUAUUGGCAGUUUGGAGGGAUAUGUUGUGUAUCUUUAUAUGUGUAUGCUUCUAGACUGUUGUAUUCUGAGCACCUCUGCAAAAACAGUGAUAAUGUGCGAGUGUGGUGAAAGUGUUGAAUGAUGAUGAAAGUAUUUUCUUUUUGGGGAUUUUCUUUCUUUUUUGGGUCACCCUGCCUCGGUGGGAGACGGCCGACUUGUUGAAAAAAAAAAAAAAUAGUGUCAGACUGGAUUGCUUUUGUAACAAAAUGUGGCCUGAUAGUUGCAGAGCUGACAGUAAGCUUCAGAAGUAUCUGGGAUCAGUGACAACUGAUGCACUGGCAAUGAUCCCAAAAGACAAGCCAGUGACAGCACCAGUCAUUAAUAGUAGGAUUUUUUUCUAACACCGGCCAUUUCCCAUCGAGGCAUGGUGACCCAAAAAGAACUACUAAAUUUGUCCUGUCUUACCCUCAUGGUUUGGGUGACCCACACCUAACCUGUUGACUUAAAAAGAAUUGCAGGUAGAUUACCAGAAAGACAUUUAAGAGAAAAAUAGCAACGGAAUGCCCUAAAGUAAAAGGUGUCAACCAUGCACAUUAAAGUGCACAAGAGUGAAAUUAUUACUGAUAAUCAAUAUAAACAAUAAGCGCAAUAAUAAAAACGCUAUUAUAAUAAAGGUAUCCAAUAAGGAUAGAGUAGCUUAUAUUUUCAGAAGAGGAGUGGAGGGCAAAAUGAAGACUGACUGAGAGCACUGUCAACAGGUAAAAUAAAAUAAAUCGGAGGUAUUUCAAAGUCAUCAAAUGAAUCCCACCGUGAGUCAGGGACAUGGCUCAUUGGUGGCAUUGACAUACAUGCUCCUAUGAGAGUAGAGGAAAUUAGCGAAGGCCAGAACUACUUACAUUCAUCCUAAUAUAGCUGUAUGACCCUUUGGGUUUAGCACUUAGUUAUGAUUAUAAUACUAAUAAUCAUCCUAAUAUAAAUACUGCAGUUCUGGUCUUAGGAACUUUUUCCCUUAAAGUAAUAUUCAAGUAUUUGCUUUAAUCAAGAUUGUAAGGCCCCUUGAUAUUUAUAAAAGCAAUGCUUGCAUCUGUCACUCUUCAAUCUUAACAUGAAAGACUGAAUAACUUCAGCUCUUCUAAAUAUCAUAUGCUUACUUUUUAGUCUGGGUAUAUUCUUCACCUUUCCAUGCUGAGCAUCCACCUGUUUACCAAUAUUCAUACUUGUGUAUGAAUAUCAAAACUAGAUAUGCUAGAGUAGGAUUUAACAACUUGUACAAAAUGGCUGGCUCAACUUGACUUCAAUACGUUAUAAAUAAAUCCUAAAAGAGUGUUAUAUUUUUUACUGUGUCAGUA